UCAGGUCAUUACAGCGGUGGUGUUCUCCUCAGGUUGGAGAUUGCUGCCUUGUUGUGAUUCCACAUGUCUUACAACAAACCUGUUUUUCUUUUAGGGAUUUAUCAAAGAUGUUCAUGAGGAUUCACUCACUGUUGUAUUUGAAAACAAUUGGCAGCCAGAGCGCCAGGUACCCUUUAAUGAAGUCAGGUUACCUCCACCUCCUGAUAUCAAGAAGGAAAUUGGUGAAGGAGAUGAAGUGGAGGUUUAUUCCAGAGCAAAUGAUCAAGAACCUUGUGGCUGGUGGCUGGCAAAAGUUCGAAUGAUGAAAGGAGAGUUUUACGUCAUUGAGUACGCUGCUUGCGAUGCCACCUACAAUGAAAUUGUGACUUACGAAAGACUCCGACCUGUGAAUCAAAAUAAAACCGUCAAAAAGAACACAUUCUUCAAGUGCACAGUGGAUGUUCCAGAAGAUCUGAGAGAUGCAUGCGCUAAUGAAAAUGCACAUAAAGAUUUCAAGAAAGCUGUGGGAGCAUGUAGAAUUUUCUAUCAUGCUGAAACUGCUCAGCUAAUAAUACUUUCUGCCAGUGAAGCAACAGUGAAGAGAGUGAAUAUACUGAGCGACAUGCAUUUGCGCAGCAUUCGCACCAAACUUAUGCUUAUGUCAAGAAAUGAAGAAGCUACAAAACACUUAGAGUGCACAAAGCAGCUUGCAGCGGCAUUUCAUGAGGAAUUUGUUGUCAGAGAAGAUUUAAUGGGACUUGCUAUAGGAACCCAUGGCAGUAACAUACAACAAGCCAGGAAGGUUCCGGGAGUUACUGCAAUUGAACUUGAGGAGGACACUGGUACUUUCAGAAUCUAUGGAGAGACUGCCGAUGCAGUAAAAAAGGCAAGAAGUUACCUGGAAUUUGUGGAGGAUUUUAUUCAGGUUCCCAGGAAUCUUGUUGGAAAAGUUAUUGGAAAAAAUGGAAAAGUGAUUCAGGAGAUUGUAGACAAGUCUGGAGUCGUCAGGGUGAGGAUUGAAGGAGAUAAUGAAAAUAAACUGCCUCGUGAAGAUGGAAUGGUACCAUUUGUAUUUGUGGGUACUAAAGAAAGCAUUGGAAAUGUCCAAGUUCUUCUAGAAUACCACAUUGCGUAUCUGAAGGAGGUAGAACAACUCAGACUGGAAAGGCUCCAGAUUGAUGAACAGUUGCGUCAGAUUGGUAUGGGUUUCAGACCUUCCUCUGCUAGAGUUCCCGAAAAAGAAAAGGGUUACACAACUGAUGAGAGUACCCUCUCCUCAGUACAAGGUUCCAGGUCAUACAGCGGAAGAGGGAGAGGCCGCAGAGGCCCCAGUUACACAUCUGGUUACGGUACAAACUCUGAGCUCUCUAAUCCCUCUGAAACAGAAUCUGAGAGAAAAGAUGAACUUAGUGACUGGUCCUUGGCAGGAGAAGAUGACAGAGAAAGCAGACAUCAGCGUGACAAUAGACGACGUCCUGGAGGACGGGGACGCAGUGUAUCUGGAGGCCGUGGACGUGGCGGACCUCGUGGUGGCAAGUCAUCCAUUAGCUCUGUGCUUAAAGAUCCCGACAGCAACCCUUACAGCUUACUUGAUAAUACAGAGUCGGACCAGACUGUGGAUACUGAUGCCAGUGAAUCUCACCACAGUAGCAACCGCCGCAGGAGGUCACGCAGGCGAAGGACUGAUGAAGAUGCUGUCCUAAUGGAUGGAAUGACAGAGUCUGAUACAGCUUCUGUUAAUGAGAAUGGUUUAGAUGAUAGUGACAAAAAACCCCAGCGACGCAAUCGUAGCCGCAGGCGUCGCUUCAGGGGUCAGGCAGAAGAUAGACAGCCAGUAACAGUAGCUGAUUAUAUAUCACGAGCUGAAUCUCAGAGUAGACAGAGAAACCCUCCGAAGGAGACACUAGCCAAAACCAAGAAAGAAGCGACAAAAGAUACGAUUGAUGAAAAUAGCCCUUCUGAAAAGGCCGUGAAUGGUCCUGCUACACCUGCUGUGGAUGAGCCUUCUAAAUUACAGCACAGCCCUGAUGAAAAGAAAGUUACUGUUCAGGAGGAGGGAAACAAUCAGGAAGAAGCAGUACUGAAUGGUGUUUCAUAAACUGAAGUUCCUAGUUUACAGUUCUUCAUUACAUUUAAAAUAGUGCUUGUAUAAGCUUGCCAAAGAUAGAAUAUGGAUCGCCAGUCUUGACACCGCACUUUCAGUUCCUCCAUUUUGGAAUACAGAAAGGGGAGGGAUCCUGAAGAAAUCAUAUGUUAAACAUACUUUGACACCUACUGUGUUAUAAAUAUAUCAUCAGAUGUGCCUUGAGAUAGUAUAUGUAACAUUUAAAUAAACAAAAUUGCUGGCUAUAGGAAA